CGGGCGCGCAACUUUACAGAACCUCUCCGCCCCAUUUGUCUUCGCCUCAGUCUCCUCUUUCCUCUCCCAGGCGAGAGGACCAGCGGAGGCACUUCUCCCCGAGUCUUAGGCUCUAGAGUCUAAGACUUAGAGAGAGGAGCCUGGGAGGAGAUAGACUUUUUCUCCCCUUUUCCCAUCCCUUCUUUUUGCCCAGAGAGGCAAAUAGAGGCGCGGAGCUUUAGAAAGUUGAGUGGUCAAGAAGGUAGGUGCUUCCUUUUUCUCCUCGCGCCGAGGUGGGGCUGGGACCUACGGACCCAGCUUCUUAACCUCGCGAGGAGCACCUUUUCCGGCUCUAGCAGCCGAUGCUCUCCGGAGCUGCUCUCUGCAGAGCCAGAGGGUGGGUCGGAUUCGCCGAGUGUGUGUGAGGAUGGAUCGCAGAUCCCGAGCUCAGCAAGGGCGCCGAGCUCGCCACAGUUACAACGAUCUGUGCCCACCCCUAGGCCGCCGGGCAGCCACCGCACUCCUCUGGCUCUCCUGCUCCAUUGCUCUCCUUCGCGCCCUCGCCACCUCCAGCGCCCGCGCCCAGCAGCGCGCGGCUGCCCAGCGCCGGAGCUUCCUUAACGCCCACCACCGCUCCGCCGCCCAGGUAUUCCCCGAGCCCCCCGAAUCCGACCACGAGCACGAGGAGGCAGACCUCGAGCUCUCCCUCCCCGAGUGCCUGGAGUACGAGGAAGAGUUCGACUACGAAUCCGAGACCGAGACCGAGUCUGAAAUCGAGUCGGAGACCGACUUCCAGACCGAGCCUGAGACCGCCCCCACCACUGAGCCCGAGACCGAGCCCGAGGACGAGCGCGGCCCCGUGGUGGCCAAGCGCCGCACCUUCGACCAGUCUCUCACUGAGCGUCUCAACGCCCUGAGGUUGCAGAGCCCCGACGCCUCCCCGAGUCGCGCGCAGCCCAGCACUCGGGAGUCUGAGAGCCCCAGACAAGGGGAGGAGCCCGAGCCCGAGGACAAGGAUCCGAGGGACCCCGAGGAGUCUGAGCAGCCAAAGGAGAAGAAGCAGCGGCGGCGCCGCUGCAAGCCGAAGAAGCCCACCCGCCGCGACCCAUCUCCGGAGUCUCCUUCCAAAAGGGGACCCAUCCCCAUCCGGCGUCACUAAUGGAGGACGCGCCCCAGAU